AUGGCGAUGUUGAUAGCAGCCACUACGAUCUUCUUAUAUUACACUCUAUGGACUCUUCUUAUGCCUUUUGUGGACGAUGACCACCCGCUUCAAAGUCUAUUCCCUCCUCGUGUCUGGGCGAUUCGAAUACCAGUGAUUCUCACACUUCUUGGAUCAUCUGUAGUCGGUACAUUCCUUGCACUGGUCAUGAUUAAGAGCAACAGGAAGAAGGCAGCCAAGGCCAGAGCAGCAGCGGCCAAGAAAACAAAAUAG